AACAAAGACAUUGUGGAACUUUCUACUAAUUCUUUUCAUUUAUAUACAUUCCUUACUGCAGUUAUCCAUCAGACAGAAUGGGAACAGUAAGUACUGGCUCAUGUAAAGACAGCUCAUUUGGUAAUUUCUUACAUUUAUAUCCACCUGCAGAGCAAAUAUGCCCAAUCCUGCUGCUGGAGGGUCAACGCCAACUCCAACCCAGCUCCCAAAACACUUGCCUGGAAGUUUCUACACAGCAAUGCAUGAUGGGACUUUUGAUUGGUGCACCCAAAAUGCACUGCAAAAUGCUUUUUUUAUUAUCACCAUUGUUGAGAUUCAUAUGCUGAUUCUUGAUGCCUUGAUGCCUUGUGUGUCUAAAUCAUUAAAAAAGUAAAGUGUCCAGAGCCCAACUAUAGCAAACACCGAUCACCAUAACAGUGACUCUUUCUUUCAGUGAUUCUGCUUGUUAAGAGCAGGAGUUUAACACUGGGGGUUUUCGCUGUGUAAUGAGUCUGAGGACCUUGAUUAGCUAAUUAGGUGUGUUUAAUUAGGCUUGCAGUUAAUCUCUGCCGGACAUUUGCAGGUUUAGGCACCCCGGCCUUAAGGUAACCAAAAACUUGUUUAUUUAAGAACAGAUUAUGCAUGAGUGCAGUUUCACAUCCAAAUGCUGAGAUUUUCAGAAAACCUAAAUAUAUCUCACUGCAUUAUGUAAUAAAUAAAAGAGGACAUGAGAAAGGAAUUACAUUUUUAAUAGUUGUACAAGCUGGCAAAUUAAUCCUAAGUACUUUUAUGCAAAUACAGAAAAAGUUUGUCCCGUGUGAAACCACACAGACCAGACCUUUUAUAAGAUUUAGUAAUUAGAUGAUUGUGCUAUUUAGAUGGUCCAUGCAUCAUGAUCUAACGCACACACUUUUAUGCAAUAUUAAAAGAAGGGGAAAAAAAGCAAACUUCCUCAUCUUUUGGUUUAAAAACUGCUGUUGUCAUCAGGCUGGAUGCACUUCUUUUCUCGUCAUUGCUCCUGAAGAACCUUACAAAAAGACAACCACGUAAAGACAAUUAGACAUCUGUUCUUCAUCUGAGGGAUUUGACUGAAUCAAGAUGCUGCUGAUCAUUGAAGCUCUUCUUUUCAUUUCAUCUGCUCUAGGACGGGAACAUAAAGCUGCUGUUGAAGGACAGAUAUAUCCACUGGAUAUGGCACUGAAUUCUGUCGAUGAUCAGUAUGAUGGUUGUACAGAGAAAAUGGCACACCUGGUGAAGACUAAAUAUCUAGAGAGGGAAAUCAAUAACUCAACUGAAUUUAAAAAGGCCUGGCAAGAAGGUGAAAUGAAUGCCAUAGCACCAGAGGACAACUUGACAAGGAAUAAUUCAAUCGCUAUUUAUGUGUACACUAACUUUGAUUCUAGUGUAUAUAGCAGUUUUAAUAUGGCUGUUCAUAAUGGGAAACAAAACUACACAGAACAGACAUUUAAAUGGUAUUCACUUCACUUUUUGUUAACAGUUGCGAUACAGAUAUUGACUGAAGCACAAGAGAAAUGCAAGCUAACUUAUCGUGGUACAACAGUUGAAUUUUUUAAGAAUGUGACUGGUGAAGUGGUUCGUUUCGGCUCUUUUACAUCCUCCUCGCUCGACCGUACAGUAGCAAAACGUUUUGGAACUAAAUCUUGUUUUGAAAUCAAAACUUGCAAUGGUGCUAAUGUGGUCAAAUAUUCUAAGUACCCUGAACAGAAAGAAGUGCUGAUUCCUCCAUAUGAGAAGUUUAAAGUCACUGCUGUCAGGACAAGACGAUAUCAGAAAGAUCUGUGGUGUGACACUGUGUACGAGUUGGAAAGCUCUGGAACAAGAAGUGACCUGAACUGUUCAGUGGCAUUCAAUAAUUCAAUCAGGUUCACCAAAUAUACAUCAACAUUUAAUAUGUGUGCAUUUUGCAGAUGUUUUUGCCGAAAGAUAAGGGCCAGUCGUAGCUAUUUUAAAAUAAAUAGGUUUGAAGCAUUUACUGACGUAGGCAGAUUAUGUGGUUGCCUAGAAGAAAACUGGCUGGAAGAACACAGAAUCAAUCAAGCUGAUAGAAACUUUUACAUAGAGCACCAUCAGCUGCGUAGAGGCAGACUCAAUCCCACCGUCAGAGAAAUGUAUGCAGAGAACCAACAGCUCUGGAGAUGCAGAUUCAGUCACACCCAUAUUCACCCAGGACAAGAAAUUAGUCAGAAACCGCGUUGCUAUCAGUUCUUGCAUUCUGUAGGAACUGACCGCAUUACCUUCACAUUACUGAAGCCUUGCUGUAGAGUUUGAGCUUCAGUAAUACUUUAAAAUGUAUGUUGAAUGCUUUAAAUGUACAUCCUUAUAUGAUUGACUUAAUUUCCAUGUGAAUAAUUUACUUUUUAAUUCGGUAACACUUUAGAAUAACUCACGCUAUGAAGCA